AUGGGCAUACUUCAGCAAGUGAAGAUCACAGAAAAAAGGGAUGUGUGGAAAUGGGCGAAUGACUUCAAUGAAGGAUACUCCGUUAAAGCAGUCAGAAUGGAACUUGCAGGUAUGCAAAAUGCAACAAGGACGGAACAACAUUUUGUCUGGAAUUCGUGGGCGCCUUUGAAAGUAAAUUAUCUAGCAUGGCGAGCAAUAGAAGGAAAAAUAGCUAGCAAAAUCGCAUUAACGAAUAGGGGAUGCAACUUCGAAAACUUGGUGUGUGAUCGAUGCGGCCUGUACAAUGAGGAUACGAAUCAUAUACUCGUGGGAUGCUUAUGGGCAAGAACAACUUGGUGGCAUGUAUGUCGGUGGAUCGACAUCCAAUUCCCUGUUGCGGCUGAGUCGGUGAAGGAAAUUUUGGUGUAUAUGCAAUCCCAAAUCGGAUCGAGGAGAUGGAAGAAAAUAAUAAAUGUAGCGGCCCUUGCAACAAUUUGGAGACUAUGGGAGGCAAGAAACGCUAUGGUUUUCGACGGCAACUUCGUUCCAGUUAAGAGAAUAGUAGAAAAUAUUAAAGAGGAUGUAUAUGUUUGGUGUACUUAUCGAUCCAACCUAAAAGCCCUUGCAUGGGAGAAAUGGGUGGAGUUUGAAAUUUUGGAACUUUUGUAA